CUCAGGAUGGACUGAAAAAGAAGAAAAUAUAGGCAGAAAAUGGGUCCUUGACCUGGACACCCGAGACACGCCCUUAGAUGACCGUGAUACGACGGGGCGAGGCCGGGAUGGUGAAGGUGGUGCCUCGCAGCCCGUACCGCCGCCGCGCCGAGCUCGGCGGAGGGGCCGCGGUAGAGGAACGCGUGGAGCCCCACGAGGCGCCCGCGGUGCUCGAGGUGGAGGCGGAUUCGCACCCCCGCCGCCGCCCGGCCCGCCACCCGGCGACCCGGGGGAUGGCGGAGCAGGAGAUGGUGACUCGGGCGGCAAUGGGCCGCCCCCAAACGGUGGAGGACCUCCACCUCCCCCUGGUCCACCACCAGACCCGCCCCAUGAUUCCCACUAGUUUCGCUCGAGAGGAAUUUUCCACAGCGUGGGCUUGA